AUGUUUCUAUCAAAACUUCAGGGUCAAUUAGCAGCAGCUAUAAGUGCCUUAGCUGUUCCUUUAAAUACCAUUUAUGAAGAAUUAAAGAAAUCCGACAUGCCACCAUCUACUCACGAGAAGGUUGGCCACGGCUUCCACUUCGUCUCGUCUCCCUUCAUCAUCCAAACAGGUUGCCGGAUCUUCAAGACGAGGUUCACAGUUUUUUCACUAUCGCCAAGGUUCGUUGAAACCUCGAUACAAAAGGGAGGAGGAGGGGAAACUCAAGCCACGGAAACGGCAAUACCAACACUAGAGGAAGACCAUAAAGCAGUUGCAGAACCAUCAGUAUCACAGGUGACUGCCGGUCGUAUAUGUCAUUAUAUUGAUCAGUGGUCGCUGCUUACUUGUGACAAAGCGAUACUGCAGUGA